CUAGUGUAGCGUGUGUGUGUGUGUGUGUGUGUGCAGUCAGUGCACGGCAGCGCGCCUCCGCUUCAUCUCUCCGCUGUUUCCCGCGGAUCUCUCGCGCUCUUCAUCUCUUCACUGUUUCUCUGUGGAUUUUCUCUGGAGAUGUUUGUGUGCGGACGCACCUCGUCCCGGCAGCUGCAGGCGUGUGUUUUCCGACUGCUAUGUUUUAUUCCCACAGGAUUCCCGGUGAUCAGCGUGGACAGCCAGAGAUCCACCGACAACAUCACCAUCAGACAGGGAGACACCGCCGUGAUCCGGUGUUAUGUGGACGAUAAGGUGUCGAAGGUGGCCUGGUUGAACCGCUCUAACAUCAUCUUCGCGGGUGAGGAUAAGUGGUCUCUGGACCCGCGGGUGGAGCUGGUGACUCAGGGUCAGCUGGAGUACAGUCUGAGGAUACAGAAGGUGGAUGUGUUCGACGAGGGCCCGUAUACCUGCUCCAUCCAGACCAAACAGCAGCCCAAGACGUCACAGGUCUAUCUCAUCGUUCAAGUUCCUCCCGUCAUCUAUAAAGUUUCGGAAGACAUCACUAUAAACGAGGGCAGUAACGUGACGUUGACGUGUUUGGCCAAUGGGAGACCAGAUCCCUCCAUCACCUGGAGACUGCUCAACCCGUCAGCCGAGCCUCUGGACGUGGGAGAGUAUCUGGAGAUCUCUGGGAUCGUUCGCUCUCAGGCCGGACGUUACGAGUGUAAAGCGAGCAAUGACGUCUCCAUUCCUGAUGUCAAAUACGUCAACGUGGUGGUGAACUACCCGCCGUACAUUAAGGAGGUGCGGAGCUCAGAGACGCCGGUGGGACAGGCUGGAGUCCUGCACUGUGAGGCGUCUGCUGUUCCUCAGCCGGAGUAUGAGUGGUACAGAGACGAGCGCAGACUGUCGAGCUCUCAGAGCGUCAGUAUUCAGAUCAGCGGCUCUCGCACACUGCUGGUGGUCGCAAACGUCACGGAGGACGACUACGGAAACUACACGUGUGUCGCCACCAACAGACUGGGAGUCCACAACGCCAGCGUGUUCCUCUACAAACCUGGCACUGGGCGGGACAUCAACGCCUCAGGCUGUGUCUGUCAAUCAUUCUGGCUCCUCCUCCUGUCUGUUCUCUCAGUUCUUCUGAAGUGUUAAUGUUCAGUGCUGAUGCUCUGAACUCGAUCGAUCAUCUCAGACUGUUUCCAUCCGUCCAUCCUCGCUCACCGUUACGCCCCGACAGGACGACCGUCUUCUUAUCAGGAAAAAAUAUGACAUGGAGAAAAGAAAGAAGGUGCUCUUUUCAAGACAAGAAUAUUGUUGUUGUCAAGCACUGACUUCUGUCUGAGGGAAAUCAUCUAGAAACAUGGUUCAUUUCAUUGUGUUUUCCCAUAAUACCCUGCAGCCAGUUCCCAAAUCUGCCUAAUGUAAACUAAUGAAGGAGCGCUAGAAUCAUGUAAAGUCUUUUAGAUGUGGUUUAGGACUAAUGACUAGCAGAAGGGACUGAAACACAGUAUGUUUUUCCUGAAUCUUCAUCAUGAAGAUAUUCACAGAUCAGAUCACGUCUGUGUUUGUGAAGAUUGAUCGGAGAAUCUUUUCACAGCCCCCGCCCUAAACCCCUCCCACAUGCGUAGCCACGCCCACACACCAAAUCCCUAACAAUUGUGUAGCCCCGCCCACACCCUAAACCCCUCCCACUCCUGGAGGGUUCCUGUGAAAGCCUGGAUCAUCUGAGAACUGUUUCUCUCGUGAAAAACUAUUCCUCUGGAGUAGUGCUGUGGGAAGGUUUUUACCGUGGUAAAGCAUGAUAUCCUCGUGUCCUGAACCUCGUCUUCUGCGUCUCUGUGAAAACUCUGAAUUGUACGACACCAAUGAAUGCUUCGCUUCGAUUCGCUGCUCAUCCCGUCGCGUCUGUCGUCUGUAAAAACUCGUUUAAUCGAAUGUCCUCACAUGGAAACGAAACGAAUCUUCAGUUCAGGUCUCUUCAUUAGUUAAUUAUCUGCGGUGGCGCUUUGAUGCUUCCUGUAACAAACUGAAAUUAGAUACUAAACAAAGAUUUUUAAUAGAAAUAUUUAAAUAUCUCAUUCUAAAACUAGAUUUACCUUUGUAGCGGCUGCACUUCUAUUAUUUAUGGAGACGGAUCAUUUCUGUUUGUUAGUUAUUAUAGAAGUAGUUGGACAGAAAUGAGCUGAAUCCACUGACUGCCAAAUGAUUUGAAAAAACAAUAUAAAAAAGCCAUCUUAGAGAUGAUUUACACACACUGAAUCCACGCACACACACGUUCGUUUUCUGUGUGAUUGAAUUUGUGAAGCGUCCGUCCCUGAUU